UCAGCACAGAGGUGGACCUGCCCAGAGUGCCCUCAGACGCCCAGUAGUCAUGGGUGUUCCAGGCAAGAGCUGCCUGGUGCCCGGCUUGCUGCGGAAUCAAGUGGCCAUCGUCACCGGCGGGGGCACGGGCAUCGGAAAGGCCAUCGCGACCGAGCUGCUGCACCUGAGCUGUAAGGUGGUCAUCGCAUCUCGUAAGUUUGAUGUAUUAAAAUCUACUGCGGAUGAACUGAAGACCAGCCUGCCUCCCACCGACCAGUCUCAAAUCACCCCUAUAAAAUGCAAUAUCCGAAACAUAGAGGAGGUAAAUAAUUUGGUCAAAUCUACCUUGGAUAUUUAUGGUAAGAUUAAUUUCUUGGUAAACAACGGAGGAGGCCAGUUCAUGGAUUGUGCUGAGAACAUCAGUUCGAAGGGAUGGCACGCUGUGGUUGAAACCAACCUGACGGGCACCUUCUACAUGUGCAAAGCAGUUUACAACUCUUGGAUGAAAGACCAUGGAGGAUCUAUUGUCAAUAUUACUAUGCUUAGUAAAAAUGGAUUUCCAGGAGCUGCGCAUAGUGGAGCUGCCAGAGAAGGUGUUUGCAGCCUCACCAAAACCUUAGCUGUGGAAUGGGCCAGAAGUGGAGUAAGGCUCAACUGUGUUGCCCCGGGAAUCAUUUAUUCCCAGACUGCUUUUGACAACUAUAGUCAUUUGACACCAGAAGUAGUUGGAAGGUACAUUAAGGCAAUCCCAGCUAAAAGAAUUGGAGUUCCUGAAGAGGUCUCCUCCAUGGUGUGCUUCCUGCUCUCUCCAGCAGCUUCCUUUAUCACUGGACAGGUAGUGGCUGUGGAUGGGGCCCAGUCUUUGCAUAAUCCCGCAUAUGAUAUAACAGAUCAUGACAACUGGCCAGACGGAAUGGGGGACCUUUCUGUUGUCAAAAAGAUGAAAGAGGCUUCAAAGCUUAAAGCCUGUCUCUAAGGAAGGAAGGAUGUGUCCUUUGUCCCCAAAAGCCUUAACAUCUUUAGACUGCACUUCUGUACUUUAUAGGAGUUUGUAACUUGUCUGGAAAAAUUGCUUGGGACCUUUUCCAUGUUACCAACUUUGCCUAUGUAAAAAUGAUUUCUGAUAUAAAUGCAUUUUUAAGUCUCAAUCAAUACCUUUUAGCCAGUGAUUUAAAAUAUUUUAAGGAUGGAAAUUAACAUACUUUGUGAUUAUACUUUUUAUUUCUGGAAAGGUGUUUGAAAAAUGAAAUAACUUCUCCCAAAAGGUUUAAUUGUAGAAGUAGACAACAAAUCUAAAUUGUGGUAUCAUUCCAAUUCUGAUAACCGGACUCAUACAAUGAUAUAUUUUGCCUUGCAAAUACUUUGGACCAAUAAAGCUUUAUGACAAUUAU